AUGAGGCUCAUGGACCUCCUGCUGGGCACAACGGCCCUGGCCGGCGCUGCCCAUGCCGCAGACCUGCUCUUUUAUCAGGGCAUGACCUUUGCCGAAUACAGGCAGGCACUGGCCCUCAACUACACGGUCAUGUCGAUCCACGUUAAGACGUUCAUCACUAACGUGUCAGUGCAUGUGGCCUCCAAGGCCGAGUGGUACGCCAUGACGACGGCCGACUUUGCCCAGUACAAGGCCAUUGUGGUGCCCGACGCCGACUGCGGCAGCCUCGACCAGAUCCAGUUUCUGAGCGACACCAAGGCGACCUGGGGCCCCGCCGUCGUGGGCAACGUCAUUGUCAUGGGCACCGACACGACAUACCACGCGUCGACGCGCCCGGGCGCCGUGGCCCUCAUGAACGACGGCAUCCGGUUUGCGGCCAGUGGCGGGACGGACGGCCAGGCGGCGCGUCGCCCGGCGACGGGCCUCUACUUCUCGCUCUCCUGCUACUACGACGACCAGCCGUUUUCGACCGUCGAUGCGCUGACGCCCUUGGGCACGUUUGUCGCGCAGGGUCGGCUGAGCUGCUUCGACGAGGCGCGCAUCGUGGCCACGCCGCAGACGUCCGACCGACAAGCGGCGGCCAACCCGGAGGCGGCCAACAGCAACAGCGCGCCGCAGCUGCAGCUCAUCUCGGACGGCAACCUCAGCAACUGGUCCUGCAGUGCCCACGCGCUGAUCCCGCGCUACCCUGCGGGUGGUGCCAAUGGGUUUGCCCCGCUGGCCGUUCUGGAAGAUGCAGCGGCUGCCCCGGGCGCCGUGGGCAUCCACUCGUUUGCCGGGGGUGUCCGCGGCGUGCCGUACAUCGUGGCGCGCGGCGUGACGCCGCUGGGCUGCGGCGAUGGCGUGGUGUCGCGCGGCAGCGGCGAGCAGUGCGACGAGGGCACGGCCCAAAACGGUGCCGCGGGCGGACUGUGUUCGUCGACGUGCCAGUGCAUCUUUGGCCUGGACAGUGACAUCGGUCCCUCUCAGUGUGCCGAUCGAGACGACCACCACGACCACGACCACGACCACCACGACGGCCGUUUCAAUAGCUACCACGACCACGACGCGGCUGUCUUUUUCACGAAGCGAGAGCGCGUCCGUUCCGCUGUCUACGGCGUCGUUGACGUCCUCGUCGACGUCCUCGCUUACGUCCUCGCUUACGUCCUCGGUACUGUCAUCGAGCGCGCCGUACGGCAACUCGAGCUCGGCUCCUCCUCCAUCGUCGUCUCUUUCUCUGUCGACGGCUCCUGUGUCGUCGACGCUGCCGGCGUCCUCGUCGCUUUCCUCGGUUCCUUACAACACGUCAAGUGUCUCCUCCUUGUCGCCUUCCCCGUCAACAUCAUUCUCGUCCUCGCCGACUUCGUCGUUUAUUUCCGCAAACAGCUCCCGUACCUAUCCCGCGUCGUCCUCCAGCCUGACGCCGACCUCGUCUUCCUCUCCUACGACGUCGCCGCCCAGCACUUCGACGUCCCGUUCCACCUACAGUUCUGCAGUGUACAACUCGUCAGCGUCCUCUGUCGCGAGUUCGGUUGCACCUUCUUCGUCCAGCUACAGUUCGGCGCCUUCAAUUCCUCGACUUCGCCGACUGGUCCCGUUUCGUCCAGCUACAGCUCGACGGUGUACAACUCGACGACUUUGUCAAGCCGUCUUCCACUGUCCUCCAGUUACAGCUCCGCUGUGUACAACACCUCGACGUCGUCGGCUCCUGUUUCUCCGUCCCGCAGCUCGGCCAGCUACACCUCGUCGACCGGGCCUGCUUCUUCUAGGUACAGCUCAGCCGUGUACAAUUCGUCUGCCUCGUUGACCUCGCAUUUCACAUAUUCCAGCCACAGCUCCUACAGCUCAGUCGUUUACAAUUCGUCAACAUCAACGGCGGGCGUCAUCUCUUCCAGUUACAGCUCCGCCGUCUACAACACGUCGACAUCGUCGUCCGCCCCAACCACCUCGUCGAGCUACAGCUCUACCGUUUACAAUUCCUCCACAUCGACAUCCUCGAUUGUCCCCACGUCCUCCAGCUAUAGCUCUGUCAUAGCCAACACGUCAACUUCGUUGGCUUCUCCCACAUCCUCCAGUUAUAGCUCGGCGGUCUACAAUUCCUCCUCUUCGUCCGUGCAUGUGGCUUCGUCAAGUUAUUCAUCGGGAUACAGCACAUCGACGUCCUCAGUGUCGCCUGUUUCGUCUAGCUCUAUUUCUAGCUUCACUUCUUCGUCGGUGCCUUCGUCAAGCAUUUCCAACGGUUACAAUGCCUCGACGUAUUCGGCCCCUCACAGCUCGGCCUCAUCGUCUUCCUCCGUUGCACCGUCAAGCUCCUUCUCGUCUGUCUACAACUCAUCGUCCUACUCGGUCUCGCCCGUGUCGUCCACCUCUGCCUCGAGCUACAGCCUGAAUAGCACGUCGUUGUCGACACUGCCCUCGUCGUCGAGCUUCCCGUCAUCUUCUAUCCUAAACAACUCCAGCUCGUCAGUCCCCUACUCGUCGAACAUCUACUCGUCGAGCGCAUUGCCCUCAUCCAGCCUAAACAGCUCAACGACUACGUCGGUCCUGUCGACGCGGUCCAGCAUCUCUUCGGCGACCUCCGUCUCCAGCACGGCAUCAAGCAACCUAUCAACAACCUACAGCAACAGUGCUACCACUGCUCCUCCUUCAUCGCUGUCGUCGCGUGAGCCCUCAUCCUCACCCAUUACCUCCUCCUCGUCGACAACAACAGACCGCUGCGGCCAGUACAUUGGCGUCGAAAUUGUCGUUAUCAUUGACAUUGUCGAGAUCUGCCCCAGAGGCUCGACCUACACAAUCACGUCCACCACCACCAUAGAAACGGUCACCAAAUCCAUCUGCAACUCCACAACAUCCUCGGCGUCGACCAUCAACUGCUAUGGCUGCCAGCCUAGCAACUCUACUCGUCCCGGCAAGCCGGACGUACCUGACGUACCUGGCGUCCCCAAUGUGCCUGAUGUGCCGGGCUACCAAAACCCGCCGUCCGUCGAGACGACAUUGACCACGACAUCGACGUCGUCCACGACACGCGUCCAGAAUACCGCUGCUGCGGCGACCGAUGGAGUCCGCCGCACUUCGCCCAAGCACCCCGACGGCUACAUGGUCCGCGUCCUGGGUACGUACUUUGGGCGCUCUGCCAACAAGAACGGCGAGCGUACCGCGAAUACGGCGCAGGAGGAGGAGGAAGAGGAGGAAAAGGCAGGGACGGAGGUGCACAGCCACGAAAAUACGAGGCCGACAGUGUCGGUCACGCCCGUGCUUCCCACCCACCACACCACGGUCACCCGCGCCUCGCAGCACCUCGAGACUCUGCCGACGUUGAUUGCCAUCCAGAAGCGCGAGGGCAGUGGCGAUGGCAGCAACGGGGACAGGGACCCAGGGGACGCUCUGAGAGACACUGCCUCUGGAACACCGGGUGUUCUUGGCGUCGGUUUUGAGGCCGACGCCAAGAGAGCGUUAGGAACGACUGCGGAGCGGAGCGAAAAGGUGUCGGACCUGGACUCCGCUCUGUCGGCUGCUGCUUUUCCUGUUGUCCCUGCGGUUCCUGCGGUUCCUGCGGUUCCUGCUGCUCCCGCCCUCCCCAACGAAAAGCGUAGUGCCGUGCCGAAUGUCGAUAACCAGGAAACGCUGGUCGCAGACGGCAAGGGCGAGAACCCGGCCAAUUUGCCCCGUCCACCGUCCUCGCUACCGGCCAGUUUUGCCGAUUUUGAGCUAACAAGUGCAGCCCAUAGCAGCGGCACGAGCCGCAGCCGUGGCAGCUUCAUCGCGGCAACCUCCAAGGCGGCCCUACGCACAGCUGCCUUGGUCUGUGUUGCUGCUGUGGCUGUUUUUUAA